AUGCUUAUGACGCGCAAAUCUAAUCGUGAUUAUGUACAAGGAAAGGGUAGAUAUGCUGAGAACAUGAUUGAAACCACGAUCCGUCUUCGUCGCGCAAUCCAUACACCCGAUGCAUCUCUCGUAAAACGAAUCCUCAAAUCCCAUCCCAAUCUUCUUCACAAUCCCGAUAUCUCACCCCACGGUCUCUCAAACACAUCUCUCCAUCUAGCCUCUUCUCUCGGUCACCUAGAAGUUGCAUCUCUCCUUCUCUCUCUCGGUCAUGAAUCCUUAUCCAUUUCACUCAAUGAAGAACAUCAAACGGCACUCAUGCUUGCUGCUGGUGCCGGUCACACCGACAUUGUAAAUCUUCUCUGUUCGCAAGGUCCCUCCGUAUCGGGUAUUCUCAGAAGAGAUAUCCGAGGUCGAGAUGCUAUUAUGUAUGCCAGUCGCGGAGGCCAUGAUACUUGUUUACAAAUUCUUUUGACCUGUGCAGCGGUCUACAAGGAUCCGGAAGCGGUACUUGCAAAUGCUGACGUGGAUGGAAACACAGCGUUGCAUUUUGCAAGUAGUAAUGGACAUAUGUUGGUAUUAAGAACGUUGUUGGCAGCGGGUGCAAAUGCAGAGAUGAGAAAUGUGUGGAAGUGGACUCCGAUUGCUUAUAGUGCUACGAUACAAGCGGAAGUUUAUUUCAAGAAGUUGGUGAGUGAAGUGGAGAAGAGGAAGGAGAUGAGAGUGGAGGUUAAGAAAAGUUCUAUCCCGUCUAGUUUUGGUUUUGGUAGAGGAGAGAAGAAGGGGGCGGGUGUUAGGAUUGUGACGGUUGAUGAUUGAUGGGUGCACACACAACUUUGUGGGGAUAACAACUGGACCCUGAUGAUUGAUGAGUUAAGACGAUAACGAUCGUGAUGAUCUAUAUGGAUGGGAGGCAAAUGGGCACAUGUAUGUGUUUUGGUGUUUUGGUUUUUACAUAUUGCCUGCGCUUUUUGCAUGAUGUAUCAAUAGAAUGCGACUUUUGCGAGACUUUCCCUUGAACAAUAUGUGUAUAGCAUUUGCCUAUGCUUACUCUAGUAUUUAUAUAUCGUUUCAAAUACAAAGAAUUUCACACAGA